AUGAAUAGCCAAGAAGUCACUUAUGCAGAACUUAAUCUGACGAAAGACUCAAAGAGACAGCAAAUGAAACCCAAGGGCACUAAAAGUUCCAUUUCAGUAACUGAGCAGGAACUGCUCUAUGCAGAGUUAAAUCUUCAAAAUGCUUCUCAGGAUCUUCAAGGGAAUGACAAGAAUUAUCACUGCAAAGGGAAGCUCAUUGCUAGGAUCCUGGGAAUCAUCUGCCUUGUCUUGAUGUCCACUGUGGUAACAAUAGUAGUUGUUACCCCACAUCACUGUGGUUGUCCCAAAGAGUGGUUUGUGUAUUCCAACAAUUGCUAUUACAUUAGCACUGAGAGAAAAUCAUGGAAUGAGAGUUUUAUGUCCUGUGCUUCUAAGAACUCUAACCUGCUGUACAUAGAUGAUGAAGAAGAAAUGUAUAUGUUGGACUUCUUCAUUCGUUCUUCAUGGUGUAGAGUCUCCGAGACAAGAAAUAAUAGUUCAUGGCUGUGGCCCAAAGGCUUAACUUUCCUUUCCAAACCGUUGUCAGUAUCUUCAGAAUGGGACCACAAUUGUACAUUUUUAUACGUUCAGGCCAAAAAAAUUUUAAUUGAAUCCUGCUUAGAAAUAAAAACAUAUAUUUGUAAGCACCAGGCACUUCAACCUGACUAAAUCUGAUAUAAUGCUGCUUCACCAUCUAUAAAGAACAUAUUUCUCAUUUCUUCAAGCCAUAUGAUUAUUUUCUUAGAGUUAUUUUUUUAAGAUUUUAUUUUUUACAACAGUUUUGGGUUCACAGCAAAAUUAAGAGAAUCGUACAGAGAUUUCCCAUAACCCUCCAGUAUGCACAUAUGCAUGCCGUCUCCCAUCAUCAACAUAACUCAUUAGAAUGCUUUACUUGUUACCAAGGAUUCAUCUUCAUUGAUAUAUCAUAAUCACCCAAGGUCCAAAGAGUACCUGAGGUUUUACCCUUAGGGUUGUAGAAUUAUUUUUAAAUCUUUAUUUAUAUUAACGUAAAAAAUAUAUACUCAGGAACAUAUCAUCUAUUUCUUAAACUUUUGUUAUUUAUUAAAAUAAAUUACAUAUACAUUAUAAAUGAUAAUAUCAAGCAUUAUUAUGAUAAAGCCCUUGGUAGGGUGAAAAAGCCCACUCAUAUUUCCAAAUUAAUUGAUUUGUUCUAGCCCUAAAGGGGCUGCAUGUGAAAGCUGAACGACCCAGAGUGGCAAGGUUAUCAGUCAGUGUUGAGGCAGGAGACAGAAACCAGGAGAAGUUUGAUAUAAAGAAUUAUUAACUAUAUGGGAAAGCCUAGCAUGAGGGGAUGAAACAAAGUUAUAAGAAUACCUUAGGCUUAAAGGAAAGUACCGAAAGGAGGGAUCACUGGGAAGCCAGGUCUGCUCUCUGAAGAUGGGAUUUAGAUGUCAUCGAGGACAAUGUGGGUGCACACAGCUUCAUGGCCGACAUGCUCACUGGAUUGACCUGGGGCAGAGCAGCUCCACGGUCCCCUGGCUGAACUUGGUGAGGAAGGAUCUCGGUCUGAGACUGGCAGGCAGGAAGAACCCCCUGCCAGAGUGUUAGCAGGUAGAGGCUGGAAGAGGAAACUUUAACUGGCACUGGCCACAGACACUCGUGGAGGCUGAAUACACAGGACUUCCUGCAAACAGGCAGCUGGCAACUAAGCCAUAGUGGCCAAAGGAGAGAAAACACCAAGGAACCAGGAAGAAGAGCCCUUUCUGCUGCAGUGUCUCUUGAUGGCCUUUUACCAACAGAAGUCAACCUCCUGUGAGAUGGCAAGAGAGAAAAUUGAUAGGAUCUUGCACCGUUAUCUGAGAAAAGAGCACUGAGGGAUAGAUUUGGAGCUGAGAGUACUAAAUUGAUAACCAAGCACUCAGGGUAUCAUGCAACAAUCCCAGGGUUGCCGUCUAAGAGCCAUUCAGAUCUGCCCACUUCCUCAGAGAAUGGAACCAAGCUGUACCUUCUGAAUCCGUUUUAGUGCAGCACUAAUCAAAGAUUAGGUUCAUUUUUGGGGAGAGGUUGCUUUUUCAAUGAAUAAUAACCAGUGUCCUUUGGUACUUCUUCUUGUCUACUGUUUUCCUCACCAGGAUUUCAGAUAUUUUGGAAGGUAUCUUGUUUUAUUAAAUUAUCUGUGUCCUCACUCUAUCGUUCUGUGCCAGCAAAUUUAAAAAUAUACUUUGGCAGGGGCACCUGGGUGGCUCAAUCAGUUGAACGUCCAACUUCGGCUCAGGUCAUGAUCUCACAGUUCGUGAGUUUGAGCCCCGCGUCGGGCUCUGUGCUGACAGCACAGAGCCCACUUUGGAUCCUCUGUCCCCCUCUCUCUGCCCUUGCUUUGUUUCCACUCUCCCAGUAAAUAAAUAAAUAAAUAAAUAAAUAAAUACUUUGGCAUGAAAAAUAAAAUAGUAAAUGAUGAAGAAAACAAGAA